AUGGCUUAUUCUACAUAUCCAUCAGCAGAUUCAUAUAGACAAGCAAUGCCUGCUCGUCGAUAUCAAAUUCGAGAAAAAAUAUUUUCACUUGGUGAUAAUUUUAAAAUUAAAGAUGAAAUGGGUCAAGAUGUAUACAAAGUUCGAUCAAAAUUAUUUUCAAUUGGUGAUAAACUUGUUCUAGAAGAUAUGGCUGGAAAUGGUCUAAUUAAAGUUCAACAAGAAUUAUUACAUCUUCAUCCAACUUUCAAUAUAUUAUCUGCUCGUUCUGGUGAUUCCGAUCAUCCAUUAGCUGUUAUAAAAAAGAAAUUUUCAUUUCUUCGUCAAAAAUUUAAGAUUGAUUCUGCCUAUGGUCAAUAUUCAUUAGAAGGUCUUGAUAUUUUUGCUCAUGCAUUUACAUUAACAAAAGAUGGACGAACAGUGGCAAUAGUGAACAAAAAAUUCUUUUCAUUAUCUGAUACUUAUGGUGUUGAAAUUGUUGGUGAUGAAGAUCAAGCAUUUAUUUUAGCUCUUGUUAUUGUUAUUGAUCAAGUUUUAUAUGAUAAAAACAAUUAA